UAAGACUUCAAACCAACCUAAAAGUCUUGAGCGAGUGCUAGAGUCACUCGUUUACACCAAGACAAUCUAUGCAGCAACUCAAACCAAACAAAACUCUCUCUCCAUUUCCAAGUAACUCGUCCUCACUGCCCCAAUAAAGACGCAAAGAGGAAGCAGCGCGAGCGACGCCAGCCAGAAACAUACGUUAAAAUUUGAAACUAUCUCUUCUUCAUUCAUUCACGAUCUAAAUCUCAAUUCUACUUUAGGGUUCCAAUUCAAAAUCAAACUCUUCUUCAACGCUAAAUUCUCAUCAGAUAGAUGUACUCCAGCAAUUUGAUUGGGUUCAUAUUGGCCGUUGUUUCCGGAGCUUUCAUAGGUUCCAGUUUCAUUAUCAAGAAAAAAGGUCUCCAACGUGCCGGCCUUAACGGCACUCCUGCUAGUGUUGGAGGAUAUGGUUAUCUUCUUCAGCCUCUUUGGUGGAUCGGAAUGGUUACAAUGAUUGUUGGAGAGAUUGCGAAUUUUGUAGCAUACAUUUAUGCCCCUGCUGUGCUUGUUACGCCACUCGGUGCUUUGAGUAUUAUUGUUAGUGCUGUGUUGGCUCAUUUCAUGUUGGGUGAGAAGUUACUGAAAAUGGGCAUGCUUGGGUGUCUUCUAUGCAUUGUUGGAUCUACUGAGAUCGUGCUCCAUGCACCCCAAGAAAGGUCUCUUAGUUCUGUAUUGGAGAUAUGGCUUUUGGCUGUUCAACCAGCAUUUCUCUUGUACAUAGCCGCGGCAAUGGUUGUGUCAUUCUUUUUGAUUUUUUAUUGCGCACCUCGCUACGGCCAAACUAAUAUCUUUGUUUAUAUUGGAAUAUGCUCCAUAAUUGGAUCAUUGACUGUCAUGAGUGUAAAAGCGAUUGGCAUUGCCAUUAAACUUACAUUAGAUGGUUCGAAUCAGUUUGUCUACUUUCAAACAUGGAUUUUUAUAGUGGUCGGCAUUUCAUGCAUCGUUACAAAUUUAAAUUACCUUAAUAUGGCAUUGGAUACUUUCAACACAACAGUCGUUUCUCCAAUAUAUUAUGCAUUGUUCACUUCUUUUACAAUAUUAGCCAGCGCAAUCAUGUUUAAGGACUACUCAGGACAAAGUAUAAGCAGUAUUGCAUCAGAGCUAUGUGGUUUCAUCACUGUUUUAUCCGGAACAACGGUUUUGCAUUGUACUAGAGUACCAGAUCCUCCAAUCAGUUCAGUGCAGAUGUGUACAGUCCCUUGUCUCCAAAAGUAUCAUGGUAUAUCCAACAAGGAAAUGGCGAACCCUGGAAACAGAAGGAAGAAGAUGGACCGCCCCUUAAUUUAAUUACGAUUAUCCAGCAAGACCAUUUCAAGUGAUACUGAAUUCUUAAACUGGUAGAACAAUAAAUUAGACUCAUCAAUUGAGUUAGACAGGGCCAUAUUUUUCUCUUUGUCAGAGUGCUCUUCGGCUCGGUUACACCAUGAAACAGAAAUGUGGCUGGCUUUUGUACAUUCAGCAAAAGGAAUGGAUUCAAAAGAAUCUACUAUCACAUUGUGCAGCAAAGCAGAGAUAGUGCUUUUUUUUUUCCAUGUGAUUUUAUUAAUUGAAAGCUUGGUUUCUAUCAAUCUGAAACUGAGGAGCUAUUGUUAGUAGUUGUUGUAAUACUUGUUAUUAGUUGUUUUGUUGUACAUUAAUUUUAUUUUUUUUUACCCUUUUUCUUUCUCCCUUUGUAUUUUCUUUUGCCUCCACUUUUUAUUUAUUUUUUUUCAUUUUGUCAACCGAAUUAUUUAAGCAAAGAUAGCUUAUUUGUAUACGUUGGCCAGUGUAAUUUUCAAUAUUUUAGUGAUUGAACCUUAAUCGAUUUUAUACAACUGUUGUUGACUAAAAAAAACUAAUUAUCUAACUGUUUUUUGAUCUAGUUGAAUAAUUGUUUAUUGUGAGAUAAUAUGAUACAAGUUUUUUGAUCUGGAAAUUUAACUUCAAUUUUAAGAUACAAU